AUUGCAAGUAUGGCUGUCGCUUUCAAUUCGUUCGAAGAAGCAGAGGAAUAUAUUCGUCUUCACGAGUCAAGAACAAAGGAGAAAUAUAUUUUACUAUUUAAAAAGAGAAUAUUCAGCCCAGAUUUUACAUCACUCGCAAAAGCUCCCAUCAAAUUUGAUGUUCGACAGGGUCUCAAAAUUCCAUUCUCCAAAGUUCCAUUUGUCAACAUUGCCCGGGAAGCAAGGGAGUGCCACUAUGGACCUGGCAGAAGUAAGCCAAAGUAUACUGGACCAGAUGACCCAAACCGAAAGAGAAGAAGAUUAAGAAGGAUAAAAAAAAUGGGAUGUCCAGCCAUCAUCAAGAUUAAAACUGUCAUCUACCUCCCAAGAUUUAAGGUUUCUGACCCAGUUACAAAAUACAAAAUCCGACUGGCAGUCAAUGAAAUGCGUACUCAGGAGGUGAGACCAGAGGACAAGCAGAUGAAGGUGUUUGUACUGUUCUGUAACAAGCACCAAAACCACCCUGGAUUGCAGUACACUGCUGCCUCAGUCAAUAAGGAUGGUAUACAUGAUUUGGUACCAGAGCCGAUAAGUGAAGAAAUAGUACCAGCUGACUGCAGCAUUGAGGCGUGGUUGAAUUCCUGUAAACUAAGCAAGCAUGUGCAGUCAUUCCACGACAGAGGUUACUACUUUGCUCGCCAGCUAGGACAUAUCACCUUGGACCAUCUAUUAUCCUGGGAUAUCAAGAAAACACCAGCCAAUAAAAUCUGGCAUGCCUUGCAAAAGAUGUUUUUCAACUCCAAGCCCAAGCCCUUCAACAGUCCAGAGGAGGGAAUACACAGAGAUAACUGGGAUGGUCUGUUGGGGGAAAAUGCAGCCAGUUAUGCUGUGUUAAGUAUAAACAACUUGGACGACAUGUUUGACUCUGAAAGUGCAGAGAGACAUGACCCGGAAACCAUGGCUACCAUGGUAAGCAAGCCCCACCCCACUGUCCAACCCACCUGUCAGGCGCAGGCAGGGGGCGACGCACAGAAUUUGAGUCCAGGGACGACCGUUACCACAGUUUUUACGGAGAACACUGUGGUGCAGGAUAUUGAGGACAGGAUAGGCUAUCAGGAAGUGACUAAAUAUCGGUACAAGCAUUCGUGUACGGUCACUGUGACUCUGGAGAAGGUGGAGCGAUACUUGGAGCCUAUCCCAGGGUAUGGUUCCACUGCUGUUGUGCAGGCCAUUGGGAACAGCUGAUGCUGGAUUUUUUUUAACUCUUUCAGUGCUGGAACCAAAUUUUGAAGGCCUUUGCAAACAGUUUGGAUCCAGAUGAGAUGCCACAGAGGGUUAAAUACUUUAAUUUUGCCAAUCUGUGAACAAAUCUCUGUAAUGGUAAUGAGAAAAUAGAUCUUACGUUACUGUCUAUAUAAUAUACUCUGGUGAAUAAAUCAGAGGCAAUAACUUUCAUAAGAAGAAGGAAAUAACCAAUGAAGUCAAGGUCAAAGAAAAAUAACACAAUUUAUGCCAGGUUAUUGUUUUGAAAUCAUGGUUCAUUUAUCAUUAGGUAGGCUUAGAGAGAAAAAUUCAGACAAUUGGGAACAGCUGAUGACUGUUUUGACAGUAUUUUGUUGACAAUCCCUGCUAAAAGUGUUGUGUUUUUGGUGUUUCUUAUGAAACAUCUUUCAUGCAUGCUAUUUUCUGUAUGUAAACCUAAGUUUUAAAAAAAAUCCAACAUAUUUAGCAAUCAACAAGGCCAAGAUAACAAAAGAUAAUCAGUUAUAAAUACAAUCGAGUAAAUAUUCUUAGCUACUGUAUUAUGGCUAAUUGUAUGCUCUCACUUUUGUAUUUUGGUACUGUUUUCUCAGGUAUAAAAGAAAUAGUUGUGAAUAACCUUAAAUAAUCAACUUUAAUGUUUUAACUACUGGCAACAAUUCAAGUGGAAACUGCUACCAGGCUGUACUUUGAGUAUCCAUGUCUGCGACUUGACACAAGGCCAUAUGGAUCAUUGAUAUAAAUGUAUGUUGUAGCCUUUGGUGAAAUUGUGUUAAUGUAUGUUAACCCUUUACCUCUUAGAUACGUAUUUUGACGCAUUUGUAGUCUCAUAGCACGUAAAAUUUGAUUAAAAACUGUUCUUACUAAA